GUCAACCUGACGGAAAUAGAGAGUGCUUCCAACAACCUGACCCCGACUUCCUGCCCCGACUGUUUCCGUCCAAAAACCGAACAAAUCUCUGACGAAAUGAUCGAACUCCCCUUCUCUGAGACUGUGUUGCCCAAACAGCCCCUGGAUUUUUUCACCCCUAGGCUAAACACCGUUCAAAAUUUGUCCACCAGUUACCUCAUUCAUCCAAACGUUUGUGCCGGUGGUCAACAGCCGUACCUCCUGGCCGUUCAGAUGUCUGUGAUCAGCAGGAGCGAGGACCGCGACGCCGUGAGAAGAACGUGGGGGAGUGUGGCCAGGCACCACACGUGGCCGAAACGCAGGGUCAACGCCGUCGUCCGAGUCGUUUUUGUUGUCGCGAGGCAACCGACGGCGGAGACGGGCGUCGCAGAUUCUCCGACGGAGACGUUUCGCCGUCGCGUGGCCUCGAUGAAACAAUUGGAAGACAUAAACAAGGAGGGUCGAGAGUUCGGCGACAUUCUGUACCUGGACAUGAUCGACUCGUACCGGAACCUCACUCUCAAAGUCUUGUCCGCCUUCAAGUGGGCGGAGCUUCACUGCCGCCUAGAGACGAAGUUCAUCCUCAAAGUCGAUCUCGACACGUUCGUCAACGUCCCCUUGUUAGUGGACGUUCUGAUGCGCUCGGAGCGGCGCCUGGAGUACUCGAUUCUCGGGUAUGUUUACCACAGGGGUUCUAGUCCCGUCCACAGGGCGGGACCGUGGGCGGUGGAUGAGGCCGUGUAUCCGAUGCACGUGUAUCCAGAGUAUGCAUCCGGUAAGGAAGAGUGCCUGACGUAAUGAUGUAAAAACGUGUUCAUUAUUAGUUGUGCUUUCUGUAGCUUUGGGAUGAUCAUAACAGACUGUUAAAAAUAGAUUAAAUAAUAAUGUGCACCCACCAUUCGUUAAACAUCAGACGCUUAUGCUAUCUAGCCCAGUCUUUCUUUUUUGCUGUAGUUACUAGAUUAGAUUUUUUUAAAAAUAAUGAUAAUAUUUAUUUUCUUUUUUUUUCUCUCUUUCAUUCGGUCUUUUCCACUUUCUUUAGUUCAUUCUUUCUUUCUUUCUAUACAACUCCCCUGUUAAACACACGUUUGUUAUUCGUAUGAUUAAAUUAUGACAAUUAAUUUUUUUUAAUUAAUGUUUCUAUUCUUAGUGUUAGGCCUACCUUAAGAAGUUUAGGAAGUGGCCUGCAUGACGGCCAGGUCUGAGUAGGGGUCUUUUGUUGUUUUUUUAAAUCAUCAGUAUCGUUCUAAUGAUCCCCAAUGUCGGCUACUGGCCAUGCCUUAUGUUUUUCUACAUAUUCAAUGAAAAAAUACAAUUUGUUUUUAAGUCUUUUGUUUUUCUACAUAAUAAUGAAGGAUUCCAUUUGGAAGAAGAUGAACAAAAUGUUCCUGCCUAGCUUUUCCUUUCACAUCAGCGACUAAUAUCACCGUCAUGUACUCCGCCAGGUUGUGCGUACGUCCUUUCGUACAAGGUUCUCGCCAAGAUGGCCGACACGGCCCCGUAUGUUCCAAUGGUGGACGUUGAGGACGCUUUCAUCACCGGUGUCCUGCGCUACGUCACCGGGUGCCGGCUGUUCUCCCUCCCUGAAAGGAUGACACACUACUUGGACAGGAGCUGGGCGGGAUGCUCAUUCUACAGGGACGAGAAGAUCGCCGGGACGGGAGCCAACAAGACCAAGAUGGCUGCCUUGUGGGAUAUGUUUAACAACGAUGGGAAAGGGUGUGGAUAA